ACGAUAAAAUAUAGUACAUAUAUGGCAAGUUGCUCAAAAUGAAAUCUUCACAUUUCGGGUAUGUGGAGCAACCUUCCCUUGGACAUUUUAGCCAACAUCUUCUCAUUUCUCUCCCCAGACUCGUUGGCUAGAGCAAGAUCAGUUUGCAAGAAUUGGCACAAAUGUUCCAAGGCUUAUCCUAUAGCCACAACAACCUCUUCAUGGUUCUUGGCUCUUCCAAUUCGCAACCAUAGACCAUAUUGCUACGCUCAUAAUCCAGUGAUAGAUAAAUGGCACCAACUCUCUCUACCAAUCCCAUCAAUUCGACCAAUUGGUCCAAUAGGGAGCCUCCUCCUCUUAAGGGUCACCAAUUCCACAACCCUCCAAUUGGGUCUUUGCAACCCCUUCACGAGAGAGUUUAGGCACCUUCCCCGGUUGCAUGUUGCAAGAACCAACCCUGCCGUUGGAGUAGUUACAACCUCGGAGUCAUCGAAUCCAAACCGUGAUGACGAUGAUGUUCGGUUUCCUUCCUUUAAGGUCUACGUGGCUGGUGGCAUGUCCGAGGCAGCACAAGGUGGCGGCGCCACGUAUGAAACCAAAGUGGAGAUGUAUGACUCGCGGUUUGACACGUGGCGGAUUGUGGGGUCCACGCCUGUCGAGUUUGCCGUUAGGCUCACCGUGUGGACACCCAAUGAGAACGUGUGCAUUGGAGAAACGUUGUAUUGGGUAACCUCGGCCAGAGUCUAUAGUGUCAUGGGAUUUGAUGUUGGUAGAAAUAGAUGGAGGGAGUUGGGUGUGCCUAUGGCUGAGAAGCUGGAAUUUGCCACGCUUGUUCCGCGGAAUGGGGCAUUGGGAUUGGUUGGUGGCACGUGUGGUGGAAGUGCUUGCAUUUGGGAGCUAAAUGAAGGGGACAAAUGGUGCUUAGUGGAUAAGGUGCCACUUGAAUUGGGGUUGAGAUUGUUGGGAGAGAAGAGAAUUUGGGAGAGUGUUAAGUGUGUGGGGAAUGAGGAUGCUAUUUGUUUGUAUAGGGAUAUUGGAUAUGGGAUGGUGAUUUGCAAAAAGGUAGUAGGGGAAAUAAUGGGUAGGUGGGAAUGGGUUUGGGUUGAUGGGUGUGGUUACACCAAGGGGAAACAAGUGCAUAAUUGUCCAAUCAGAGGGGCACUUGUUCAUCCAAGUCUUGCCUCCUCUCUUAUCUUUUAAACGAUAGUAGUCUUCUUUUUGGUACAAGUUGCAAGUGACAUUGUGAAGUGUUGUGAGAUAAAUAAUUUAUGUUUGAAUUCAAAAUGUAACUUGGCUUUGCUACAAACUUAUUAAAAAAAAUGUGAAGCAGGUGUAAAAAUUGCACAUAGGCGUGGGCGAAAAUCCCAUCCACAUGAAAUCAAAUAACCUUUCAAUCUA